CAUGGAGCUGUAUCGGAUAGUCACCUAUAUAGCUAUUUUUAUUAUACAGAGUGAUGCUGGUGUUUGCAAUCGCAAAAACACAGUGAUCCAAGUCAGAGUUCCCCAACGUACUAACGUGACUGUCAAGUAUCCGCCCACGCUGCGUAGUCCCGUUGAAUACGUACCCUAUCCGUACUUACUCGGGAACAAACGCGAAAGACCUUGCUAUAGAUGCCAAAAUUCAAGAUGUUUCAAAUGCAGUAAUCAAGUAAAGUCGCCAACUGUUCUUCCCGGAACAAGAACCAACAUCAUCAUAGAUGUUCAAGGCUCAAGAUCUAAACCUAAUUCAGACCAACAGGUUAAUCAUGCACCAGACCCAAAUAGGCGAGGGACUCUUGUUGUUGUCCAGGGCGCAUCAGCAGCAUCUAGUGACGCUGCUGCAUCAGCUAAUGGAAACAAUGGCAAUUCUGCUGCCGCUGCUUCAUCAUCAGCUUCAGAAAACCAACUUAUUGCUGACUUUAAAGAAGAAGACAGGGCUCCAGAUGGAUCAACAAAGGACAUUGAGGAUAUAUUUGUAGCAGAUAACUCAAAAUCCAACUCAAGUGCCGCUGCAUCAUCUUCUUCAAAUGGUGGACAAGCGAAAGCAAAGGCAUCUUCAUCUAACCGAAAUGCACCUUCUAAACCUUCUUCAAAUCGUUCACCACAAAAAUCAUCCCCAUCAAAUGGCCCUCAAAAGCCUAGUAAAUCAGCGCAACCAAAUGUAGAGAAUCAAGGAGGAAAUAAUGGCUCACCCAACAAUAAUCUUUCACCAGACAAUGACAAUUCCCCAGAUAAUGGCAAUAACCCAGAGGACAAUGAUUCUCCAAACAAUGACAAUUCUCCAGAUAGUGACAAUUCCCCAGAUAGUGGCAAUAACCCAGAUAACGAUGAUUCUCCAAACAAUGACAACUCUCCAGAUAGUGACAAUUCCCCAGAUAGUGGCAAUAACCCAGAUAACGAUGAUUCUCCAAACAAUGACAAUUCCCCAGAUAGUGGCAAUAACCCAGAUAACGAUGAUUCUCCAAACAAUGACAACUCACCAGAUAGUGACAAUUCCCCAGAUAGUGGCAAUAACCCAGAUAACGAUGAUUCUCCAAACAAUGACAACUCUCCAGAUAGUGACAAUUCCCCAGAUAGUGGCAAUAACCCAGAUAACGAUGAUUCUCCAAACAAUGACAAUUCCCCAGAUAGUGGCAAUAACCCAGAUAACGAUGAUUCUCCAAACAAUGACAACUCACCAGACAAUGGCAAUUCUCCAGAUAGUGGCAAUAACCCAGAUGACAAUGAUUCUCCAAAUAAUGACAGUUCCUCAGAUAGUGGCAAUAACCCAGAUGACGAUGAUUCUCCAAACAAUGACAACUCUCCAGAUAGUGACAAUUCCCCAGAUAGUGGCAAUAACCUAGAUGACGAUGAUUCUCCAAACAAUGACAACUCUCCAGAUAGUGACAAUUCCCCAGAUAGUGGCAAUAACCCAGAUAACGAUGAUUCUCCAAGCAAUGACAACUCACCAGAUAGUGACAAUUCCCCAGAUAGUAACAAUAAUCCAGGUAACGAUGAUUCUCCAAACAAUAACAACUCUCCGGACACUGACAACUCUCCAGACGAUGAAAAUUCCCCAGAUAGUAAUGUACCAGUCUCUCCCAAUUCAUCAAAUAAUGACAAAUCUCCGGACGAUGGUGAUCAAUCACCUGAUAAUGACCCUUCAAAAGGUGGCAAUGAAUAAAACAGCGAAGACAUUCCUGUCAAAGUGGAUCCAAAAAAUGGUGAUUCCGCGCCAAAAGAUGAAGAUUCACUUACAGGAAAUGAUGAUACUCCAAUCGGAGAUGGUUCAACAGAUCCACAAAGCAAUCCUUAGGUUUAGUAACAUUUUAAGAACAAGCCGAAUUUUAAGACCUUACAACUAAAUUCAAAAAAGGGAUUUAAAUAUUUAUUUAAAAUAAUGAUUUUGUAGUCCAGAUUAAUAAUAAGACAGUGUCGUAUAGUCCCUACGGACAUGUAAUGCGUAAUUAUAUAUUUGUAUUGCCGCAAAUCUGUAUUAAACGUCUUAUUGUUGAAC